CCGACGACAGCAGCCGAAUCGCCACAUACCGAGCUCUGACAUUGAGCAGUAAGGACGGAAAAAUCGCUUUUCUCGUUCGCGACGUGGAUUUACUGUGGCAUUUGCCAAGUGUGGAAAUUGUAGGAAAAGUUCUAAGUUUCAAUUGUUCCAGUUGUGAUUUGGUGAAAUUUGUGAAUCAGAAAAAAAUUUGAGUGCAUCCAGUGGAAUCGGUGUCAUCAGUGAAAAGAAACGCCGUAGGAAACCACAUUCGCCAGUGUCUUCAUCGCAGACUUCAGUGACCAAGUUGGUAGUGUUGGUACGUGCUUCAUCGGAAAGCUUCACAAACAAGGACGAAUCGACCAUUUACUUGGGUUCUUUCUGUUUGGUGGAUCAAGGCGAGACUCGGUGGAGAGCGGAACGAAACGCAAAGGAGAGUAAAAGAAGGAUUUCCCCCUUCGGACCCCUCCUGCCCAUACCAGCGCCCUGUCCCCGGUCACAACAGGUGAACUUCGGAGACGACAAAGUAUUUAGAGCCCCAAAACCGACCCCCACUAUGGACCUUCAGCAGCAAAAGGUGCACAUCGAAAAGGCUCAGAAUUUCAUGCGCCAGUACCGGGAUCCGGAGUCACGGGAGCUGAAAAAACUGUCCGCCAAUCAGUUUAUGGACGUCUGGAGCCACUACGAUCGGGAUGGAAACGGCUACAUCGAAGGCACCGAGCUGGAUGGGUUCCUCAAAGAGUUCGUCUCCAGUGCCAAUGCAACCGAUCUGGGACCAGAGAAAUCGUCACUAACGGACGAGAUGCUGGUCGAGCUCAAAUCCUGCUUCAUGGAGGCAUACGACGAUAAUCAGGACGGGAAGAUCGACAUCCGAGAGCUCGCCCAGCUUCUACCGAUGGAGGAAAACUUCCUGCUACUGUUCCGAUUCGACAACCCGCUGGAAUCGAGCGUGGAAUUCAUGAAGAUCUGGAGGGAAUACGACUCGGACAACAGUGGCUACAUCGAGGCAGACGAACUGAAGAAUUUCCUCCGUGACCUGCUCAAGGAAGCCAAGAAGAUAAACGACGUGUCAGAGGAUAAAUUAAUCGAGUACACCGACACAAUGCUUCGAGUGUUCGACGCCAACAAGGACGGUCGGUUGCAGCUCUCCGAAAUGGCCAAGUUGCUUCCAGUCAAGGAAAAUUUUCUAUGUCGACAAGUGUUUAAGCUCUCUGCACACACUGACUGCACCUCGACACCUGCACCGUUUGCCACACAGGAGGGCAGAAUCGACGAGGAAGGUGCGGCCAGACUAACGAAGGACGACAUAGAGAAGGUGUUUUCGCUGUACGAUAGGGAUAAUAAUGGAUCCAUCGAGAAUGAAGAGCUUCGAGGCUUCCUAAAGGAUCUGCUGGAGCUAGUCAAAAAGGACUACGACGCGCAGGACCUGAUCGAGUUCGAAGAAACCAUCCUGCGAGGGGUGGGCUACGACAAGGAAGGCAAAAUCUCCCGCAAAGAGCUGACCAUGAUCCUGCUAGCCCUGGCCAAACAGCCCCCAGAGGACGAACAGUAAUAUGGGGAAUGCACUUCUCUCGCUUCGCACCCGCCGCCGCCGCCCCAGCCGUCGUCUUCGUCUUCGCUGCAUAGAACAUCAUCCGGUCAGCAUCAUCACCACCGUAGACUGUCCAGAGCCGGCUCGCUAACAUCGGCCCUGGCAGUGCACCCCAUUGCCAAGUUGCGAACGAUGCUCGGACUAGGACAUCAACAUCAGCAUGGCAACGGAGAUGCUGCCGCAACGAGUUCCUCAGAUAACGGUCAUCCAGCGCAGCCAACGACUUCGGCCGCGGCGUCGUCCCAAACCCAUGUAGAAGAACCACCCGUAGUCGAAGAAGAAGAAGAAACCGCAACUAGUUCAAAACAUCCACAGCAGCAGCAGCAGCUUCUACCGGUAGUCGUAGUCCACGAUCGGGUUCGCGAUUUUUAUCGUCGGAUCACCCGUCGUGGAAAGAAGGAGUAGAUUCUGAUGUGGCUGACAAGCACAAGCACUCAACCACACAGUCAACACCAAGCACGCGCGCGCAUCCAAAUAUGUAAUAGUAUAGGCAAUACUACCACCACGAAGCCAUCCAAGGAAGCUGAGUCGAUGAAAGACGGGAAAAUUGAGGGGGUUCGGAACAUUUAUUGGCGAAUCGAUCGAGAAGGACAGAGGGGAGGAAAAUCUAGGUUUAAGGCAAACUAAAAACGAAUUCUGGUGCGCCUACUGCGAGCAGUAGGUUCGGGUUGAGAUCGAAGCAACCCAGCUCUCACGUAAUGGAAAGAUACGGUCACCGCCAAAAUUAUGUGUCUACUUCAUUGUUAUCACGCAAAUUGAUGAAAUUCG